GAACUUGAAAAAAAUUCUUGUAUCUGGGGGUCUCAUGGAAUACAAAGUUGAUCCUGAACAUUUGGAAGAAAAUGAGGGUCAAAAAAUUUGCAUUCUUGCAAUGGAUGGAGCUGGAAGGGUGUUUUGCUGGAGAUCAGUCAGUAGUUCUUUGAAGCAGUGUCGAUGGGCCUAUCCACGCCAGGUCUACAUUUCUGAUAUUGCUUUAAAUAGAAAUGAAAUUCUAUUUGUCACACAGGAUGGGGAAGGAUUUAGAGGGAAAUGGUUUGAAGAAAAAAGAAAGAUUUCUGAAAAGAAAGCAGAAAUUUUAUCAAGUCUUCAUAAUUCUUCAGCAGAUGUGUCUUGUGUCUCUGAUAUAAACAACAUGUAUGAAAGAAUUCGACUUGAGAAACUUACUUUUGCCCAUAGAGCUGUUAGCAUCAGCACAGAUCCAAGUGGGUGCAACUUUGCAAUCCUGCAGUCAGAUCCUAAAACAAGCCUUUAUGAAAUUCCAGCUGUGUCUUCAUCAUCCUUUUUUGAAGAGUUUGGCAAACUGUUGAGGGAAACAGAUGAAAUGGACAGUAUCCAUGAUGUGACAUUUCAAGUUGGCAAUAGAAUCUUCCCUGCACAUAAAUAUAUUUUGGCAGUGCGGUCUGACUUUUUUCAGAAAUUGUUUCUUUCAGAUGGUACUACUUUAGAAUUUACAGAUGUUUACCGGAAAGAUGAAGACUCUGCAGGAUGCCAUCUCUUUGUGGUAGAAAAGGUUCAUCCUGAUCUGUUUGAAUACCUUUUACAAUUUAUAUACACAGAUACUUGUGACUUUUUAACUCAUGGUUUCCAACCAAGAAUAUACUUAAACAAAAAAUCAGAAGACUGUCAGGGCAGUCUGAAUUCUCAUUUGAAUAAAAUGAAUUGCCAUGAAGAUGGUGGUCAGAAGUCAACAUUUGAGGUUUCCAAAACUAAUCAAAUUCAUACAAUUAGUGAAAGGCAGAAGAGCAAACACAAAUCAAAAAAAGGAAAAGGUGUUGAGGAAGACGAUCCUGUAAGAAUGUUGCAAAAUGUUGCAAAGAAAUUUGGCUUCAGUAAUUUGAGUAGUAG